AUGAUCGAUCUAGAAGACGAAGAUGCUCCCCCCGAGCUCAUCGACGUUUCCGAACUCCCAGAGAACGAGAAGCCCCAACCCGAACCGACGUCAUCGGAUCUCCCCCGCGUGCCGAUCACGCUCGUCACCGGUACGCGUUCCAUCCCUCUUUAUCCAUCUCCGUUAUAUGUAUACGCGUGA